CAGGAGAUGAUCCAGAUGUUUCCUGUGUGUUCCAGCUGUUCUCGGCGGUGCAGCACGGCGAGGAUCUGUCUCUGUUUGAGGUCGGAGGUCGGCGGACGCCUCAGAAACAGGAAGCUCACUCUCUGGCGUGCCGUGAAGCUGCUGGAGUUCAACCUGAAACAAACUCUGACUCGACUCAUCACUCACCUGUUUGGAGCAGAUCUGGAGGUCCGGUGGGUCGACUGUUACUUCCCCUUCACUCACCCCUCGUUUGAGAUGGAGGUGCGUUUCCAUGGCAACUGGUUGGAGGUGCUGGGCUGUGGCGUGAUGGAGCAGGAGCUGCUGAACUCAGCCGGGGCAGGAAACAAGACCGGCUGGGCGUUCGGUCUCGGUCUGGAGAGACUGGCCAUGGUCCUCUACGGCAUCCCAGACAUCCGGCUGUUCUGGAGUCAGGACGAACGCUUCCUCAAACAGUUCAGAGUGGAGGACAUCCAGCAGCCCGUCUGCUUCCAGCCCCUCAGUAAGUACCCCCCCCUCCUCAACGACAUCUCCUUCUGGCUGCCGGAGAGUGGAGACGGCGAGGACGGCGAGGACGGCGAGGACGGCGAGGACGGCGUUGACGGGCCGGAGGGGUUCACGGAGAACGACUUCUACGAGCUGGUUCGCUCCGUCGGAGGAGACCUGGUGGAGAAGGUGUCCCUGGUGGACCAGUUCACAAACCCAAAGACCGGCAGGCGGAGUCAGUGUUACCGCAUCACCUACCGCCACAUGGAGCGAACUCUGACCCAGCAGGAGGUCCGACUCGUCCACGAGCAGAUCGAACGCACCGCCGAGACGGAGCUGGGCGUGCAGGGCAGAUACUGACACACAAAUACACACACGCUGUAAACACACACUCGUACACACACUGUAAACACACACUCGUACACACACACUGUAAACACACACUCGUACACACACACUGUAAACACACACUCGUACACUCGGGGCUGUGAAGCAGCGGCGUCACGUCCUCGUGGCUGUGAUACUUCAUAUUUGGCUGCAGGGGAAACGUGUUGACUUUGAUUCCGACGUCUGUACGUCUUCCUCUCUCCUGUGUUUUCUCCUCUUCAGUCCAAAUUUGACGUGUGUCAUCUUUAAUUUCCUAAAACAUCAUGUGUGCGUGCGUUCGUGUGUGUGUGUUGAGUCGCCGGCCACGCACCGCCGCUUCAAACCACCACGACGUGUCGAUUCAGAUUUUGUGACGGCAGCCGAUCCUCAGCAGCUGUUGUGUUACUGAUCACAGAGCAGAGAGAAGGAAUGUUCUGUCUUUGUUUGAGCACGUUAAUCUCCACACUCUGCUAAAGGGAAAGCUGGUUUCCAGCACAUCCAGAGUGUUUACCAAUUCUUGUAGUUUUAGUUAUUAUCAUGUUAUAUUCAUCAAGUUAAAUUGAGUCAGACUGGGAAAGAAACACGAGCAGUUUAUCUAGAGAGGCCUGAAUAAAAUCCAAAAAAUGGUUUAAUAAAUUUCACCAAAAAAAGUCU